AUGGACACGCCACCAGCAGCAAACCUGCGGUCCAAGACCAGGCGGGCACUUGACGACCUCAACGGUGCAUCCACGUCGCCGCCCUCGACAUCCCUCAAGACAACGCGAAACAGCCCCUACCUCCCUACGCCAAUCGAGACGAUCGUUCUAGCCGCUUUCCCGGUCAUCCUCUUCUUCGGCACUGUCUUCUCGCUUCUCUCUCCCGACGUUCGCUCGUCGGAAUACGACCCCGCAGCCCAGGCCCACGUGCAAGACUCCGCGCCGUCGUACUUUGCGCGCAAGUCGAACCUGUUCAACGUUAUAUUCGUCAAGCGAGGCUGGUUCUGGAUCACGGCCGCCUUCUUCGGCUUCAUUCUCACGCACCCCGCGACUGCACAAGCAACCGCGCGCGUACAGGGCACGCUGCGUUGGGCGCUGGUCACGACCUGGUGGUUCUUUGUCACACAAUGGUUCUUUGGCCCAGCCCUCAUUGACCGAGGCUUUCGCUGGACAGGUGGAAAAUGUGAGAUUAUUGAAGAAAAGGUCGAGAUGGGCGAAGGAGAUGCCAAGGAAGUCUUCACAGCGGUCGCAUGUAAGGCAUCUGGCGGACGCUGGCGCGGCGGUCACGACAUCUCGGGACACGUCUUCCUCCUGGUUCUUGGUACCGGCUUCUUGCUUUCCGAGGUCGGGUGGGUAGUCAUGCGCUGGAGAGGCUCAAGGAGAGAAGAACGCAGUGUUGUCAUGACGGAUGGUGCUACAAAGACUGCAACCGUCGAGGCGCAAGGUUUGAAGGGAGAGCCUGUCCCUGGUGAUGCUUUGGGCUUGGGAGGCAAGUUUGCCGCUGCCAUUAUCGCCCUGAGCUCCUGGAUGCUGCUCAUGACGGCAAUCUACUUCCACACGUGGUUUGAAAAGGUCACCGGUCUUGUUACUGCUCUGGCUGCGCUGUAUGGCGUCUAUGUUCUCCCUCGGUUCGUCCCUGCUAUUCGACAAGUCGUUGGCCUGCCUGGUAUAUAG